AUGACCUCCGUGGUCUCGAGCGAUUCACAGAGGCUGCCUAACCUCGAUCCAGGAGCCAAAUUCCCCCGGUUUCUGCCACCCAAAAACCAGAAAAAAAGCUCCACUCCUUCCCAACAUCGCUCCCCAAGACCCAGAACGCGUUCUCUGGUGCUAAAAGCAUCGUCACGAGCGUCUCUAGCGGGUAAAUCCACCCCAAGACGUCGAAAAUCGCAAAAGAAAACCUCCCAGGACUCCAGAGAGGCAUCUCCCAUGAUCGACUUGACUGAAGAAGAAAUCCCACCUCCAAUUGCACAAACCCCAGAGGAAGACGACGAACUGCCGCUACGGAAUAACAAAAGAAGAAAAACGAAUGAGCUCAAUCUGUCCCCUAUCAAAGCUACUGGUAAUAGGGUCAUGGCUCCUCCUUCGUCAUCUCCAGUUCGAAGAAGAAAAGUCGUAACCUUUUCCGAUGACAUGGUCCCCAGCUCUCCCAUGAAAAACAUGGAGACACCUCGAAAAUCGAUCUUGAAGAACCUGGCGCCCUUCAUGGCGGACUCAUCUCCACUCGAUCCCAACAAUUCGUCCAUGUGGAUGAAAACGGCCCAUUCCAUUCUGCAUUCCUUCUCCACCGAGUUCCACUCGCCUAAUAAUCCCGCCUUUUGGCAGCCAGGCACCAUCAUCCAGCUUGAGCCCAGAUCAAAUGACCUUCCUCAGCUAAUAGACGGGUGCAUGGAGGUGUUGCAAUUGGAGUCCUUUGAUCGAAAGUUCGAGGUUUACGCUACUUUGAACCAGAUCUGCAAACUCAAUGAUGCCUCCGUGUUGGCCGAAUUGUUCCUCGGUGGUGAUGUGCCUUGGCUACAGCAUACGGAGAAAUGCACCCGCUACAAACCCCGUCUGAAUCCAGAUUACAUCAGAGACAUGUUCACGUACUUGCGUCGUGAUGUACUCGCAACUGAAGAAGCUCUACUAUCCAAGCCUCCACAAGCGAAGCUAUCCCCUACACGGAACAACCCGUUCCAGUCUAGAGUUUUAAACCAGGCUCUUAAAUUCGCUGCCCAUUUGCUUAUGUCCCCUUCUGUGAACCGCCAUAUACCCAUGGCAGAUGUGCAGUGGAUCUAUAGUCACACAUGCAAGCGGAUCGUGAGUCCCACGAUCUCAAAGUCCUUAGUGCUUCCAUAUAUGAGUAUCAUAAAAGACUGCCACUUUGCUCCCAAGCGGAGAAGAGCGAUCUUUGAAAAUCUAUCUAAUCCUAUUCUGGAGCAGAUGCUUUCCGCCUUGUUGAACAUUCGCAACUUUGGCUCCUCCAGUUUGGUUAACGAAAAAUUUAUUGCAUUGAAGAACAUGCUUCUGAACUUCCCGAACCUCAUGGCAAAAAAUUUCCAUCUUUGGUUCAUUGGCCUUGUUCUCAACCUUUGUGACACGUCAUUUCCCUUAUACACCAAGGUUGUUUCAACGGGGAUCACGGCCCUCUUAGAGGCUGCUCGUAACUUCCUUGAUAAUCCAGACAUUUGCUUCGCGGGACGCAAGUUCUUAGAAUCCCCAUUGCCUCAAUCCCAAAAUUCAUUCACAUCUGAUAACCUUAUUUCCAUAUCAACGUCGCCAACCUCACUCACGAUAGAUUUUGUCAUUGAAAGCUUGCUUGAUCUCAUUCAAAAUGGCCACUUUAAAUUUGCGAUGGAUAUCUGGGUCGGUUUGACUCUCCUCUGCGGUAAAUUUGAUAAUGGCUUCGAAAACUGGAAGUACUUGACUAAGUGGCUUCAGGUGCACAAGUACUGCUUCAACGAGCUGGACAUGAUGGCCAAAGUCACGGCCAUUUCUUCGUGGAAGGUUGUUGUCUAUAAAAUAUGCUGUAUUGACCUUAGGGAUACGAGAUUCCUCACGUCGCAAGACAAGCCAGGAGCCACCGAAAAUCAAAGAGCUGGUGGGAAUGAUGAUACUUACAAAACGAAGGUGAAGCUUCUCAUACACAUAUUUGUCAACAUCACUUCGAUCGAGAGCCAGAGGGAAAUAAUUGACGCUCUCCACAACUCAUUCAUGUCCAUCCUCUACAACCUAUUCAACGGCCCAGCCAAGGCCUCCGCUAAAUUGCAAGACUUCUAUUGGGACAAGAUCAUAUUUCCGGUGUUGGUCAACUUCUAUUUCAAGAAGGACUCUUCCAGCCAUUACAUGCAUAGUUUGGGCCUUGGGAUCAUAGAACGCUUAAUCAAGGCAACUUCUUCGACCAAUGACAGAAACUUCAGCAGCAUUCGCUGUUUAUCGAAUGAGAGCAUACAGCUUCAAGAAAUUCACUCCCUCAAUCCUAGAUGGGUAUUCGUCCGGUUUGACAAGGUGAUGCAAACCCUUGCAGUUCUAGUGAGGCUGGAUAAACUUGAAAUCGAGCCCAAGAUCAAUGUUAUGAAUCACUUCUUGAACACACUCAAGUUCGUUACGAAAAAAGAAGCCCAAAUAUCAGAUACAACGAAAGACAUCAUCGACAAUUUGCCGAUCACGAUGAACAUUUUGAGCAAGAACACCAAAAUCUCUUACGACUCAUUAUUUAAACUUUUGGUGAAUUUGAACGAUACCUUCGGAGCUCGAAACUUGAUGAAUGACUCUGAUAUUGAUUCUAGUAGCUGUUAUGAGGUUUUGCUCCUCAACAGCAUUCAAUACUACACGAGCCAUCAGCUCAAUGGUGUUGUCAGCAUGGUUCAUGGCGCUAUCGGAGACAGAUUCUACAUUCUUUUCACUUAUCAGCUUGUCCGUAUCAACAGCAAACACAAGCGCGGUGACUUGGAAUCAUACAUCGCUGAUUGUCUCAAUAGCAAGCGGAUCAACAAGUUGAGUGGCUCCGAAAUGAUCAUUGCAGGUAGGAUGCUCAAGCACUUGGAGUCAGACUUCAGCUUGAUCGCAAAGAAGAUUAUUCAACACACCGUUUUGCUCAAGCCUGCUGAGUUUGAAGAUAUGGUCGGCCAUUUGUGUAUCAAGGAUUGGAAGAACCAGGUCUUUAAGUUUUUCUUGGGCCUUUUGCAUGAUGCUCCUCACGAACAUUUGAGAAGAACUAGCUUGAAUUUAUUGAGGCAGAAGUGGGCUAAGUUGGAUGACUUCAAGGAGUUGUUGGCCUACCUUUUGGACAACAAGUUUGACUUUGAGAUAGAGGCCUGCUUUGCAGAAGUGAUGCAAAAGAUAUCGAAGCUUGAAGGUAACGAGAGGACUGCCUUGGAAGACUCUGUUUCAAACUAUUUGCUCUCGAGUUCCAGAGAUGACCUGAAGCUUGACUCAUUACUAGUCGUCGCUCACGAGAAUGGCGUUGACUACAGCUCGCUCGUUAAGGAAAAUCUCAGCAAGUACCCCAGGUUCUCGUCGCUCUUGAACGUUCCAUCUUCUCUCGAAUCAUCGAACAGUUCAUCGAAGCCAUCUCAAGAAAAGAGCUCCUUAGAUGAGGUUCUGCAGCAGCAAAAGGCAUUGGAGUCUCUCAUUACAAAGGCACUUGAUGUCCACACGAAGGACAUUGACAAAAAGACAGAUGAGAAGGAAAAUACUGCUGACCAGCCUCCUUCAAUUGCAGAGAACAAGGAAAGUCAAGAUCAGAAAGAGACCCUGCAAACUACUGUAACACCCGUGAAGCCAUUGAACGAGCUGAAGGAUGUUCAAACCACUCCUCUGGUUCAAGCGACUAAUGCAGAAACCUCCUCGCAGAGAAGGCGUACGAGAAGAAUGGCUGCAAAGGAAAGAGAGGAGCUCUCAUCUCAAAAAGUUGUUGAAGUGCCCUCCGACGACUCUAGGCAAGAAGAGAGUGCCACUGUGACCACCCCUGGUGCUGAAGCCAAAACUGCCAAUGACCAGGAGGACAUCCAGGAGAUUGAACGAGAUGACUUUUCGUUCGAGAAGAACAACGAGUCUGAUGCCAUUGACGAUUCUGCCGAGACAGAAGAUAGCGAGAAGCUGAAGAAACGCAAGCAUGAAGAGGAGCCCGCCAGUCCUCGAAAGAAGCAUGAGCAUGAGAAGCAGGUAAGCGAUUCUGAGGAGAGCUUGAAGGAGAAACGGCUCGGGUACCACGAGGGCACUGAUGUGGAGGUGAACUCCAGCACGGAUUCCAACGAGAAAAAGGCGAACGAUAGCGUAAUUUCUGAUUCCAGCGAGAAGCCAUUUUCAGACACCUUCUUGAACCUGCUGAGCGGGAAGGAGGAGGCGAUCUCGAAUUGCACGGAACUUGUGCUUUCCUCGCACGCACAGGCCAAACUCCAAUCUCUGGCAGCUCCUGAGCCGUUAUCAGCUAUUCCAGAAGUCGUUGAAAAGCUGGUCGUCUCGGACUUGAUCGACCGCAUGGAGGCCACUUCCAACGAGGAGCUCGCCAACGUGACUCAGGCCGACCGCCACAAUCUCGAGACCGCUAUGAUGGAAUUCAUGCUCCGGAUGAGAAAAGCUGCAAAAUGA